GUAAAGAUGGCCGCGCGCGGGUCUCCGCCCUCCGCUCCCGGCUGAGGCGCUUGGCGGCGGCUGCGGCGGCGGCCCUCAGCAGCGGCGGCGAUGGCGGAGAUGGAGCACCUGGGCGGGAAGCGGGCCGAGUCGGCGCGGGCACGGCGGGCCGAGCAGCUGCGGCGCUGGCGGGGCUCGCUGACAGAGCAGGAGCCCGCCGACCGGCCGGGCGCGGGGCUGCCGCCGCAGGCUCAGCGCGGGGGCCCGCGGGUCCGCUUCGAGGACGGCGCCGUGUUCCUGGCCGCCUGCUCUAGCGCGGACACCGACGAGGUGAGGCGGCUCCUGGCCCGGGGCGCCGACGUGGACACGGCCAACGUGGACGGCCUGACCGCCCUGCACCAGGCUUGUAUUGAUGAAAAUUUGGACAUGGUGAAGUUUCUGGUGGAGAAUGGAGCCAAUGUAAACCAGCAGGACAACGAGGGCUGGACACCCCUCCACGCAGCAGCGUCCUGUGGCUACCUCAACAUAGCAGAGUAUUUCAUUAACCAUGGGGCCAGCGUGGGUGUUGUGAACAGUGAAGGAGAAGUCCCUUCUGACCUCGCAGAAGAGCCUGCCAUGAAGGAUCUUCUUCUGCAGCAAGUGAAGAAGCAAGGGGUCGAUCUCGAGCAGUCGAGGAAGGCAGAGGAACAGCAGAUGCUGCAGGACGCCCGCCAGUGGCUCAACAGCGGGAAGAUACAGGAUGUGAGGCAGGCGCGCUCAGGGGCCACUGCCCUUCACGUAGCUGCCGCCAAGGGCUACUCUGAGGUCCUCAGACUUUUGACUCAGGCUGGCUAUGAGCUCAAUGUCCAGGACCGCGACGGCUGGACCCCGCUCCAUGCCGCCGCACACUGGGGGGUGAAGGAGGCGUGCUCCAUCCUGGCAGAAGCCCUCUGUGACAUGGACGUCAGGAGCAAACUGGGCCAGACGCCGUUUGAUGUGGCUGACGAGGGCCUCGUGGAGCACCUGGAGAUGCUGCAGAAGAAGCAGAGCGUGCUUCGAAGUGAAAAAGAGACACGGAAUAAGCUCAUUGAGUCAGACCUGAACAGCAAGUUGCACGGUAGACUCUUUAAGAACAAAGAGAAGAUGCUCUAUGAGGAGGAGACACCGAAGCCCCAGGAAACGGAGGAUGAAAACAAAGAAUCCAGCAGCUCCAGCUCAGACGAGGACGAAGGUGCAGAUGAGGCUUCUGAGUCAGAAACCGAGAAGGAGGCGGGUGAUGCCGAGACCCUCUGUCCCCAGAGCACGGGGGGUCGCUGCUUGUCACAAGAUAAAAAGCUGGGAGCCAUCGUCAACCAUUCCGACUCUGAAAGCAAGAGUAGUGCCGCAGAGCCGACACCAGCACCGGCGCAGAGCACCUCCUCCGCCUCUUCAGCCAGGAGAUUCUCCGGCCUUUUCAACAAGCCGGAAGAGCUCAGAGAUGAGUCUCCGUCUUCGUGGAGGCUGGGCCUCAGGAAGACUGGUAGCCAGAACGUGCUGAGCGAGGCGGCCAGGUCCAGGGAGGCCCUGCGGGACCGGGGCGCGUACAUCCACCGCUCGGCCUCCAGCCCCCGCAUCUCCGCUGUGCUGGACAACAGAGAAAAGGAGAGAGAAAACAGAAGCUAUUUCAGUUCACUGGGGCCGCGGAGGCUCAGCAGCGCCAGCGACCUGGAGGAGAAGGAGAACAGAGAGUCGGCUGCUCACCUGGUGCGGAGCGGCCCCCCUGCCCGCCAGCUGUGGAGGGACGGAGCGGAGGGGAGCGAAUCUCUGCAGACGGCCGCUCCUUCCACCUACGUGACAACCUAUCUGAAAAGGCCUCCUCACAAAUCCCAGGCUGACUCCACAGCGGAGAGAACAGUAGACAGUGUGUCUUGCGGCACCCCCCUCUGUGUGAUCACGAAUCGCGCCCCACCUAGCACUGCCAAUGGGGUCACAGCUGCCGCUCUGCUCUCCACUCCUGGGACAGACUCCUCUGUGGAAGCCAGGGAGAGGAGGAGGUCGUAUCUGACUCCUGUACGGGAUGAGGAAGCAGAGUCGUUACGGAAAGCGCGCUCCAGACAAGCUCGGCAGACUCGAAGGUCUACCCAAGGUGUAACCCUGACGGAUCUCCAGGAAGCAGAAAGGACGUUCAGCCGGUCGAGGGCAGAGCGUCAGGCUCAGGAACAGCCCAGCCUGAAGCCCGUGGGCCCCAGAGGGCUUGAGGGCAGCGCCCAGAAGCAUGAGCCCCUAGCAGCCCCUGCAGAGGAAGCUGGGGAGAGCCGCCAGCCCUGGGACCGGAGUCUGGAGGAUCAGCCUGUGUAUCGUCGCCUGAGGUGUCCGGCUCAGCCAGAAAAACCCACGACACCAGUGUCACCUCCUGCCCCGAGACCCUCCCUCUACACCAGUUCCUACCUGCUCCGGACGGGUAGGUCUUCAGCCCCUGAUUCAGAGAGUUCAGAGCCCCCCGCCAGCCCUGCAGGGGCAAAGGAAAUGGACAAAAACGAGGGCGAAGAAGCAGAUUUGGGUGAUCAGUCCUCUAACAGGCUGUCCAUUCGUGAGAGGAGGCGGCCCAAGGAGCGACGAAGAGGCACAGGCAUCAACUUCUGGACGAAGGAUGAAGAUGAAACUGAUGUCUCGGAAGAGGUGAAAGCAGCGUGGCAUGAACGACUUUCUAGGUUGGAACUGGGAGGCAGUGACGCCAGCAGCGAGCGGGCCUCGGCCAGAGCCCGCCGGGAGGCCCGCGAGGCCCGCCUGGCCACCCUGAGCAGCCGCGCGGGGGAGGACAGCAGCAGGGACUACAGAAAGCUCUACGAGAGCGCCCUGACCGAAAACCAGAAACUGAAGACAAAACUUCGGGAGGCCCAGCUCGAGCUGGCAGACGUGAAAUCCAAGCUUGAGAAGGUGGCCCAGGUGAACCAAGUAGUGAAAUCGGCACAGCUUCUGCACUGCUCAGGCUUAGGGAAGAGAGGCUUGUGGUGCAGACGCGCCGCGGCUGUGACCUUCAGAGCAGACGCAGAAACAAGACAAGACGGCCGACCGGUCGUCGGUCCUGGAGAUGGAGAAGCGGGAGAGGCGAGCCUUGGAGCGGAAGAUGUCGGAGAUGGAGGAGGAGAUGAAGGUCCUGACGGAACUGAAGUCCGACAACCAGAGGCUGAAGGACGAGAACGGCGCCCUCAUCAGGGUCAUCAGCAAGCUGUCCAAGUAGACCAGGCGCUGGCUACCCGGGAAGGCGCCGGGCCCCCCCUCUCCCCCGCUGGCACCCGCCAGCCAAGAGGAGCCAGAAGGACCUUUCUCUGGCCGUCGUCCAGUUGCCGCCUCUGCACCCUCAGUGUCCCCUCCUCCGGCCCCUGCCCCUGGGUUUCAGACAGUUUUCAUCGAAGCACGACUGCGAUCCCUCAACCGACAGAGCCGUCUGGUGGAGGCCUCGGGGUCGCCAGGCCAGCCGCGGACCUGGCCUCCCGGACCUGGCUGCCGGGCCGCUGGUCCACGUAGCGCUUGGUCCAGGCCCCAGCCCUGCUGCCACCGCCAUGCGCUCUGGCGUGGGACACACAAGGGGAGGCCUCUGGAGCUGCCGCCACUAGAUCCAAGUUGACAGUGACUCCACGUCGGGGUGCCUGCUUGUCCUUGCCUCUCAGGAACUGACUUUUCUCUAACUCCCGCCGGUGGUGGUGGAAUUUUUUCUACCAGCAACCCCGUGGCACCCUGACUGGUCUUAACGCCCGUUCCCUCCGUGUCUGGCCCUCUCCCCAGGGCUCGGGUGACCUGGCUUGCCCUUUCCCUUUCUGCCCUUUUACUUUCCUUCCUCCAUCCGCCCCGCAGCGCGUGCCCCGGGGGGUAGGGGCUGGGGCAGAGCACCGACCCCAGCGGUGUGCCCAGGCAGCAGUACCGCCAGCCUCUCCCCGGCCAAGCCGGGCUGGGCUCAGCUCCCCAUCGUCCUCCCCAUGUAGCGUUUCUCUACUAGAACCCCUGCCUGCCCCACCUCCCUUUGACCUCGUCUCCUCUCCUGAAGAGAAGUGGCGCUGCUGUGAGGAGGCGUGGGGGGCGUCUGAGGCCCCCACCCCUCAUGCCUUGUGCUGUGAGCGUGGUGGGCUUGAUGGCGUCGGGGGCGUGUUCAGGGGAGAGACGAUUGUUUGGUCAGAAGCCAGCAGGAGGAAUGAGUCUGGACUCGGAGUGGCGAGACCCGGUGGCCAAGGCUGUGUCCCAGGGACCCCACCCCGCGGUCAGGGAGCCUCUGGCAGCUGUGCCUUGAUCGCUCGAAAGCUGGGCAGCUUGGAUGAGAGUUGAGGUCUUCCUGAGGGUCCCCCUGUAACAUGACAGCCCUCCCGUACCUCCGGUUGGGGACCCCCAAGGUGCUGACGCUCCCCUGGGCCUGGAAGUCGGUCCCUACAUGCCCUGCUUUUCCCACCUGCCCUGUCUUGGCUAUCCUUCUCUGGACGAAAACCUGGACAGGUGGCUCCCUUGGUCCAGCACAGAAUUAGGUCAUGAGUUCUUGAUGAUGCCCCAGUAUUAACACUUAAGUGUGCUUUUUGUAGGCGCUUUAUCCCUCGGCUGGUUUGAGUGUGCAGGUCACUUUGGAGUUGCCGGAGACAUUCAGUGUGUAGCGGUCCAUUCUCAACAUACGCUACCUCUGUCUGGUUUCUCUUUCUUUCCAGCCCCUUCCAUGGCCCUCAGAAAUGUCACACGCUCUUUAACCCAGAGCCAUGAUCAAGGUCCCAGUUCAGGAUAGGAAAUUUGUCUCCUGGGGCAAAACGCCUUUCUCAGAGUUUGCAAAUUCUUCCAUGUCCAACCAUUUCCUGCGAGGAGCGACGCCUGGGGGGGG